AUGCAAAAAGAAAGGGCAAUUGCGUAUGCGUCUCGGCAGUUAAAGAAGCACGAGGAGAACUACCCUACACAUAAUCUCGAGCUUGCGGCGGUGGUGUUCGUAUUGAAGAUAUGGAGGCACUAUCUCUAUGACGCCUUGAGUCGCAAGAAAACGAUUGAAUUUGCGGCCCCGCUAAUGGUGAAAGAGUGGGACAUGGUGGAGUUCGUUCGGGACUUCGACAUGAAGCUAACGGUGGAGGAACCAUAUGAAUUCAUAGCCCACAUUCAAGCCCAACCAAUGAUUGACAGUAAGAUCAUUGAAGUCCAAGAGAGGGAUGAGCUAUUGAGGAAGAUGAGGGAAGGGGCAAGGAAUGAUGAGAAGUCUGAAUGA